GGCUGUAUCCUUGUCAUUUAAUUUUUAGCCAGUUCAGUUUUUGUGCUUUUCUUUCAGUGUUCAGCAGCAGAAAUUUGUUUUCAUGCCAAAAAUGGUGAAUAACUCGGUUGUAAAUGCGCCCUUCUACCAAGAGAAGCGCAAAAUAGGUGGUCGCUCUGGUGGCACCGGCACUGACAUGGCUGAUUCAGAUCAAAGCAGCGCCAAUGCAGCCGAAAAUAACGAGCAUUUGCGUAAAAUAUUCGUUGGUGGUCUCUCGAUAAAUACCACGGCCGAAACGAUGCGCCAAUUCUUUAGCCAAUUUGGGGUCGUAUCUGACGCUGUGGUGAUGCGUGAUCCCAUCUCGAAUCGUUCGCGCGGCUUUGGUUUUGUUACCUAUGUUGAACCAGGCGCUGUUGAAAAUGUCCAGCGUGCGCGUCCCCAUAUUAUUGACAGCAAAACUGUUGACACCAAACGCGCAUUUCCACGCCAUGAAUUCAACAAGGCAAUUGGCCAUCUCAGCAAUAUUAAGACAAACAAGAUUUUCCUUGGCGGCCUUAAAGAUUGUCACGAUGAGAGCACAUUGCGAGAAUAUUUCGCACAAUUUGGUACCAUCAGCAGCGUCAAGGUGCUACUGGACAAGGAGACCGGACGCAAACGUGGCUUUGGGUUCCUGGAGUUUGAGGACACAGCCAGCGCUGCGCGUGCUUUAGCUCAAAGCAAGCAUUCGAUAAAACUCAUCACUGUUGAGGUGAAGAAAUCCACCCAGAUGUUGGAUUGCAGCAAACGCAUACGCCUACCUAUUGGCGGUGCCGCAUGCGCCGGUUAUGCUCCGCCCCAGCCGACCAUUAUGGAUAACUUAGUCUAUAAUCCGAACUAUAAUCCGUAUCAGGCUCAAACGUCGUUACCACCAUCGGCAUUCUUUAAUGGCUGGGCCUCAUAUGUGGCACCGACAAUUCCAACAACAACCAUGAGCUAUCCACACCAUCAGCCACAAUUGCCUGGCUAUCCGCAGGGCGGCUGGGCCUAUGGCAAUCCUUCGUACGUUGGCUCGGAGUGGACCAGGAACAGUUAUAGUUCAAUUGUAUGGCAGCCGAAAGUUGGCCAAAAGCCUGUCUCUGCUCAGCCACUGCACACUGAGCGUCCCAAAAAUGAAUAUAAGUCUGUGCAGGCUGAAGAAGCUACCAAGAAGCAGGCAUCGGUGGCCAUUGGCGAUGCCAACAUAGAGAAUCACGCCACCGUCGAUGUGGAAAAGAAGUGGCUCGCCAAGGAGUACAAGGUCUUUAAACCAACCGGCAGAUACAACUUUGGGACUCCCCAGGCAAAUCACAUUAGUGCCUUGUCCAAUGAUAUCUCAACACCUGCCUAUGGCAUUUAAGAAGUCUGCUUAUGAAGAGAAUUCACAAUUAAUUUAUAGUAUUAUAUACAUUUAUGUAUGCCCUGCACUGUACAACUCGUCUAUUUGCUAAAUGUAUGUGAAAUACAUGCCAUAUUUUAACCAAACGA